GGACGUAUAUCGUCUAGAAUCGGCGGUGAACGAUCACUUCCUAAUGGCUGACGUCUGGAAUUAAAGUAAAGAGUGGGUGUAGAAAAUUGUUGAAUUUCUUCGCCCGGAAAUCGUCCAGUCGGCCCAGUUUUCGGCCAAACUUUUCCCAGGAAGGCUCCACAGCCGUCGGCGCCGAUUUUCUCUCGCUGGCACUUCAGAAAAGUCCGCAAAAGCCAUGACGUCGAUGUUACCGUUCACUCCACCGAUUGUCAAGCGGCUUCUGGGAUGGAAGAAGGGGGAAGGGGAGGACAAGUGGUCGGAAAAGGCCGUGAAAAGUUUAGUCAAGAAGCUGAAGAAGACGUGCGGUUUGGAGGAACUUGAGAAGUCUAUCACACAGCAGGACCCCAACACAAAAUGCGUGACUAUUCCGAGGUCCCUGGACGGUCGGCUGCAGGUGUCUCACAGAAAAGGUCUUCCACACGUGAUCUACUGCCGGCUGUGGAGGUGGCCGGACUUGCAGAGCCAUCAUGAGCUGCGCGCGCUCGAGACCUGCGAGUAUGCCUUCAGCCUGAAGCGGGAGGAAGUCUGCGUCAACCCCUACCACUAUCAGAGAGUCGAAACUCCCGCGUUACCUCCAGUUCUGGUGCCCCGAAACCCCCUGGGAGACCUCCUGGCAGAACUAGCCUUGGAUGGCAGCUAUCCGGCGCCAGUACUUCCGCCAGUCCUGGUACCUAGGAACCCGCCAGGGGAGAUGCCAGCAGAGCUCCCGCCACUGGACGAUUAUCUGAACUCCGUACCAGAGAACACCAGCUACCCGCAGGACGUCCCCACACAGAACUACUCUCUACCAGACAACAGCAUGGUCACUGACUCAGGCUCGGAGAUGUCCCCCAGUCCUAACCCCAUCCCUAGCCAAGACUUACAGCCAGUCACGUACACGGAGCCGACGUUCUGGUGUUCGAUCGCGUACUACGAGAUGAACACGAGAGUCGGGGAGACGUUCCACGCCUCCCAGCCCUCGCUGACCGUGGACGGCUUCACGGACCCGUCCAACUCGGAGAGGUUCUGUCUAGGUUUGCUGUCCAACGUCAACAGGAACCAUGUCAUAGAACAGACGAGGAGACAUAUAGGUAAAGGAGUUCGGCUGUACUACAUCGGAGGGGAGGUGUUUGCGGAGUGUCUGAGUGAGAGCAGUGUGUUUGUACAGAGUCCCAACUGUAACCAGCGGUACGGCUGGCAUCCCGCUACUGUCUGCAAAAUACCUCCAGGCUGUAACUUGAAGAUUUUCAACAACCAGGAGUUUGCCCAGCUCCUGUCCCAGUCGGUUAGCCAAGGCUUCGAGGCAGUGUACCAGCUCACACGAAUGUGUACCAUCCGCAUGAGCUUUGUCAAGGGCUGGGGCGCGGAGUACCGGCGCCAGACGGUCACGUCAACGCCGUGCUGGAUCGAACUUCACCUGAACGGCCCCCUGCAGUGGUUGGAUAAGGUCCUAACGCAGAUGGGGUCGCCCCGGGUUCCGUGUUCGAGUAUGUCGUAAUGACGGACGGCGUACGCUUUCUUUGUAUGUACAGCCAUAAGCGGGGAGCUUUGAUUGGUGCUUGGAGGGAAACGGUGGCGGUCUUACCGUAUACAAUCAAACCUGUGCAAGAGGACCACUUUGGUACAGAUAAAAUCUGGUCUAUAUGGACUGGCAGUCAUUGUUGACAUGAUUCUUAAUGCCUGUGUCAAUGGGGGAAAAGGGGUCGCAAUGCUCGGUGGUCCUUAUAUAAAGGUGGUCACUUGUACAGGUUUGACUGUAUUCCAACAAAACUGGGGAAUCAUUACAAUAGUCAAGGACCAGAAACAAGACUGACACAAUUGCUUCAGAUUUGAAAAGAAACAAUUCAAAAUCUGAAACGGUAACUUUUUAAAAGUGAAGUAUCGUUAGAUCCACAUACAUUUUUCGCUGAAAAACAACAACAACAAUACACAGAAAUAUUACAUGAUAUCUCAAUAUACAUGUAAGGAAAAAACAAGCCAGUGACACUUCAAGUAUCGUUGGGCUGUUCAGCUUGAAAAUUUGUCUUCUAAAGUUUAGGAAAUGAAUUGUGAAAUUUGAAGUGAUCGGUGUUAGUUUUUGUAUCUCAUAUGAAAGUGUUAAUACACAGAUUACACAGCAAAGGGAUGUAAGCUUAACUUCUGUAAAAGAUUAGGCAGAUUUGUAAGAAUUGUUGAACAGCUUCUUUGUGGUAUGGCUCCAUCACCAAUCAAAGCUUUGCUUACAUAAAUGUAUUCAGGAGGGUAUAUGUGAAUGUCUGAAAGCAGGGUUCUUGUUGGCUCGUAGGUUGGGAGAAGAUGAAUUCUGACAAUGUAUUAUUACUUUAACCUCUUCGGUUACUCUAUAGAAGGUAUAUAGAAUUCUUGUGCGUUAUAUCUUAGUAGGACAAAACAUUAAAGCAUAUGUAUGCAUAUAUUAAUACUGGAGGCAGAACAUGUAUUUUAUGCGCAUAACUUGCUCUCAAGGAUCGUAUUACAAGCUCUGUCUACCCUCAAUACAAAAUAACACAAACAACCAGCUUUCCCGACAACAAGAACAAAAAAAUAAGCUGGCAGAAAUUUCGCAGUCUUUUAGAAUACUGAUUGUUUAUGUACAUGUAUGAGAGGGUAUAUAUAUGAAAAUAAAGUUAAGCUUAGCAUAUAAAAUGCUCGUGAAAUUUUUGUAGAGGCCAGUACAACAAGAAAUAGUUAUCUACCCUUUUGAAUGAGAUUCAGUGCCAGAUUUUGUAGAAAUACUGACAAAAUCACCCCCCUCAAAAGCAGGAAAUUUCUUGCCACUGGGACAGACAAAAAGUAGCUUUAACAAGUAACUUUCUUUCUGGUUGUGAGUAAAUUUUGAAUAGUCGAAAGAAAAUGCUUAUUUAUUACUGUUUGUAUGUCAAAGAAAACGUGCUAAUUUCCCCACUACCACUAACAACAGAGGGAUAUUUUUGUAUUUUGUUGUGUGUGAAGUUGCAAUUGAGGCAAGAAAACAAACUAAUGUGUUGAAACGUGGGUCACUUUGGAGGUUAAACCCUGAAAAUUUGAUUUGAAAUCUUCUGCUUCCUGAUGUUAACUUUAGCCAUGACAAUUAGUUGCAUUAACUGGGCGAUGCUGGGAAAGUUUUAAUCAAAUUUUGGAGAUUACUUGAGUAUGUGCAUGUCACACAUUUAAAAGUCUGACAAAAUUGCCCAAAGGACGUAUCUUAAAUUUAGAGUCCCACUCUUCAGUGUAAGAUUAAAACUGUGUUGAGUAAUUAAUGUGGACAACAAUAACAACAUAAUAGUUGACUCUAAGAUUUUCUUCCUUGUCGUUGUGUGCCAUCGGGCAAUGUCUUCUAAACCAAAGAGAUCUUUUUCAAGUGAAUGUGAACAA